UAGUGUGGGAGCAACUGGCUAGGUGUUUAGUGUAAUUUUAUAGUCACUAAAUUUUAUCAGUGAGUCAUAUUACUUCUCAUAUCACACGUUUCAGUAAGGAGUAAAAACUUCCAUUAGAAUACUUGAAUCAUGUUUUCAGCUACAGCGAUAGAAUUUUCUAUUUCUCAAAAUGAAUUAACCUAAUUUUGAACAAAACUAUAUUAAUACUGAACGGCGAAUGGUAGGAUCGGGUAGCUCGUCUAACGUGGAUAUGGAGGAUGCAGUAGGACGUUAGAAGAAAAAAUACGAUUUACACUCAACCAGCGCAUUGAAAAGAAGGCUUUUGUUACUUACAGGACCAACCAUCAAAGGCCAUUAUAAUAGAAACAUUUACACAAAUCAAGGCCAGGAAUUGUCAGAAGUUAUCAGAUGACAAUCCUUGGCAAUCUGCAGAAACCUUUUGUCACCUUCCAGAGAAACGAACCACCGUUUUAUCAGAAUACAGCCGUCGUUUCAUACCAAGGGACUGGCAGGACAAGUGCCCUGUUCCCAACUCCUGAAAUAAAAGAAAAACAAUCUAUAACAGAUGGUUCUGUGAAGCCAUGGGGAAGCUCACCGCAUGGGCGUGGCUGGCAGUGUGGACGCUGAUGGCGGGGAUGGCGGGCGCGGACACCACCCCUCGCGCCCUCAGGUCAGCGCCGUCCGAUGUCUACCUCUCGGACCUCGACGUGUCCAGCUCAGACAUCAGAGAUCUGAAGAGGCAGCUGAAGGUCGAGUGGCGGCCCAGACUCGGUCGGGACCCCAUCGAGCUGGCGGGACUGCCCGAGGGGGACGUACUGCCCCCCCCGCAGGUGGCCAUCACCAAGAAGAGCGGCGCGCAAGACAAGAACGCUGUGAGUGAGACCAUGAGGCUGUGGCCCGACGGGGUUGUGCCCUACCAGUUCUCGUCAGCUUUCCUGUUCCUGCCCCUGGAGCGCUACCUGAUCCAGCAGGUUAUGGCGGACAUCGGCAGGCACUCCUGCGCGCGCUUCGUCGAGCGGACGCACGAGACGGACUUCCUCAAGAUAGUCUAUGAUCGGGACAAAUGCUACAGCCACAUCGGGCGCGUCGGCGGACCGCAGCCCCUGUCGCUGGGCUUCUUCUGCGUGCGCUGGUGGGACCAGGGUACCAUCUACCACGAGCUGCUCCACUCCCUCGGUUUCUUCCACGAGCACAACCGCCCCGACCGCGACAACUACGUGGAGAUCCUGUGGGACAACAUCUCCUCGGGCCAAGACAAGAACUUCAGGAAGAGGUCCUACUCCACCGUCGAGCUCAUCGACCUGCCUUAUGAUUUCGAUUCGGUGAUGCACUACAACCCGUACGCCUUCUCCAAGUGGUACUUCUUGGCCCCGACCAUCAAGUCCAGAGCCAAAGGGGCGCGCUUCAAAAGGGCGAAGAAACCUACCACAAGUGACUACAACAAGUUAAACCGACUGUAUAGAUGUCAACGAACCGGUCGGUUUCAUUACUCUUAUCUCGACGACCCCGGACCUUCUCCCCGAUGGUUUCAAGAAAAUGGUUUCAACGUCUCGGCCAUCGUCCCGCCCCCUCCGCCCCGCGACGCCUCCCGCAGAAGGAUCCGCGCUGGCUCCGAAAGGCUACCGGUGAGGGCCGCCCGAAGGUCCACGACAGCACGGUUCCAGGGUCCAGCGCCUGAUGCGCGGAUCCAGGGCCUCACUUCCCAUCCGUGGUUCAAGAAUCGCAGUCUUACUCCAGUCGCCCCGAUUCGGACACCCGGCAAAGGAUUCGGUGUUCCUGCGUCUGCUCCAGUAUUUCGGGAGCCAGGUUCCGAGUUCAAUGGGACUGCCACCAACUACACGAAAAAUAGUACAUUACCACAAGCGGGUAAACCCUGGACGCCAGAGUCAGUUGAAAAUCCGCACUUCUUAAUUAUAGAGACUCGUGGUCUCGCAAACGAGAAAAGCAAUACUGCACCUCCGGAGGAAACUGCAGCGCCAUCUAUUCAGGUGAAGCCCCCUGUGCCCGCACUGAAGGGAAUGCCAAACCCAGCCCUUACACCUUUGGGCUUAACGAGGCAACAGCCCCAAAAGCUGAAUGCACGAACUGAGUCUCCUCCUGCGAGACAUCGAAGCGUUUCCAAAAACCGACCCUGAUGAAUUGUUCCUUCAAAUGAAAAAUAUUACGAUACGUUCGUUUCUGGGAUAGUUCAUCCUGAUCAGGUAUCCUUCGCCAAAAUUGACAAUUGCCACAUUAUUGUCUGGUAUUAACGGGUAUAAAUCUUGACAUUUGAAUCUGUACAUUUAUACUGAUAAAAUGCACAAUGUGUCAUACCGGUGGUUUACAUUAAAAGAACUUCAGUUGAAAAUAGCCUCGGAAUUGUUGCUUAGCAGUUUCCAGGAACUGAAACUGUUAAUAUGUAAAUGGUUAUGUAUAGUUUACUACAUUCAUAUUUCAUCGUGUAGAUAACUCAUUGUAGUCAGAUUGAUUCGCAUAGGUUUAAUUGUUGGCCAUUUAAUCAUUUUGCAAUCAACAAACCCAUAGCCCUUAAAAAUGUCCCGAUAAAUCGUCUACCUUCGCUAAAUGGCCGUAACAGGUAGGUAUUCAUAGUUGCCAUAUAUACAGCCUUAAAUCUACUUGUGGUAGCACUGACGUCGUUUGCCCAAAGUCAGUGGCUUUCGGCUGACGUCCAGCUUGCCCGAAGUCAGUGGCUCUCGACUCGUUUCAGGCCGUGGACCACAAGCCCAGUUUGAAGAUUCGUCAACCGUGUCGUAAUUUAAAGUUACUACGAACAUUUUAGUUUGAAGUACAUUUCAAGCAACAUAAACUGGAUUAUAUUUCGCUAGCCUAAGACCUCAGUAUUGUGAAUCUUGAACAGUUAAGAGACUUUUGAAUGUACUCUUGUUCAGCUUGCCAUCUUAUUUCUUACACAGGAAUAAUACAAUAAAAUUAAUGAACAGUGGAUCAUUUUCAUACCUGUACUGUUUUAAAUAAAUAAAAAAAAUAUAUGAA